AAAGAACUAAGACCUCACCCUUUUAAAGCACUUUGUCGAGCCAAUCAUUUGUUUAACCAUAAAAUGUAAUGCAGGCUUAUAACAGUGAAAUACAAUUGUUGAUCGAGGGCACCGCAGGCAAAGCCACCAGCAACGACAAAUCAAGGAAACUACCACAGACAAAUCAAAUAAUAAUUAAAGGAAUUUACAAUCAAAUAAAUAUUUCUACCCCAAGGGCCAAGCAAAAAGUAUUUAAUUUAAAAAUAAGAAAAACAAAGACCUUGGCCGGCUGGUCAACACCCUAACAUUUCCUUGGUUUUGAACUCGAUUGCAAUGGCAAUCGGCUCUGCUUCUCCUCCUUGUAAAACAUAUAACGCACCAAAACUUGAAGUCAAAAAAUGCGGCGCAUGAAUCAGAUUUUGGGCCUUUUCUUUAGUAAAGAUGUGAGGAAGCAAAACCCUAAUGAUUUUGCUAAACCAGGCAGGGAUCUGGAGAACAAUCAAGCUUCUUUAUUUGAGAAGUUGCAUUCAUCCGAAAGUGCAAAGCAUGAACGACAACGAAUUUUUGGCCCUCUUGCUGCUCUUACGUUCAACUUAGUGGUUGCCGUUGGCAUCAUUUUCUUGAACAAAUGGGUUCUUGAAAAUGUUGGGUUCCAGUUCCCGGUAUGUCUGACUGUUAUUCAUUAUGCUGUCAGCUGGGCAUUAAUGGCAAGUUUGAAAUUCUUUUCUAUCCUUCCUGCAUCUCCUUCCUCAGAGUUGGCCCCUUUAUCUUUGUUUACUUUCGGAUUUGUUAACUCUGUGUCUACUGGCCUUGCUAAUGUCAGCUUGAAGUACAACAGUGUGGGAUUUUAUCAGAUGGCUAAGAUUGCUAUUACACCAUUGAUUGUCCUGGCAGAAUUCAUAUGGUACAAGAAGAGAAUUGCUUUCUCAAAGGUGGUUGCAUUAACUGUUGUAUCCGUUGGGGUUGCUGUUGCUACUGUAACUGAUUUACAAUUCAUCUUCCUCGGUGCUUGUGUAGCAAUGGCAUGGAUAAUACCUAGUGCAGUCAACAAAAUACUUUGGUCCAACGUGCAACAACAACAAAAAUGGACAGCAUUGCCAUUAAUGUGGAAGACUACACCAAUCACUUUGGUUUUUUUGGUUUUUAUGAUUCCUUUGGAUCCUCCUGGUUUGCUUGCGUUCCAUUGGAGCUUCAGCAGUACAUCAGCCAUUCUCAUGUCUGCUUUUCUUGGCUUCUUGCUUCAGUGGUCAAGUGCUUUGGCACUUGGGGCUACGUCUGCUAUAUCCUCUGUGGUUCUUGGACAAUUCAAAACUUGUGUUAUCCUCCUCGGAAAUUAUUAUCUUUUUGGUUCAAAUCCUGGCACAACCAGUAUUUUUGGUGCGUUUAUAGCCAUAGGUGGAAUGUCCUUUUACACAUACCUUAAUAUACGUGCUAUGAAGCGGUAGUCAGGGUCAUUGUUGCCCCAGACGAAGGAACUGGAGAGGACAUGUUACAAAAACUACUUAAAAACUUCAUGGUGAUUGCAUAUAUGCCACUGAAUGCCAAAACUCUGUAAUAGUUUAAACUAUUGCUAAUAUCAUUAUUUAAAAUAAGCAUGAUUGAAGUAAUCUACUAAAAGAAAAAUUAAGAUUGAAAAUUCCUUGAUAUUCAACUUUGACAACAAAGAACGUUGGUGUUGAGCAUGGUAAAGCAAAGAUCGUCGAGGUUUUCUUCAAUUUUUGUAUAAGAUUUUGGGACGUUUUUGGUA